CAGUUCUCCCGAAAUUCUCGCAACGUUCAAACGCUUUUCACUGUUAUAGUUGAAACAUGUAAAAUUCCACUGUAAUAAAGUUUUACAAUUACAAUUAGGUAUUCAAGUGAUAUUGCCAAGUAAACAAGCUUUAUCUGCGUGUGAUAACAGCAUUCGUGGUCCCGUCUCCCAGAGGAGCGAACGUGUAUUAAUACUUUUUAUUUACAUGUAGGUUUAUUUAAAUUUUCUAGUGGGAUAAAUAGUGAAAUUGUGAUGAAAAUGCGGCGAGGCGGUGCGAGGCGCGAUCGCGCCGCUAGAGGUUCAUGAACACGAACAGAUGUGUACCGAUUGCCUUCCACGACGCACGUGUUUGUGAGUUCUGUGUUGUGUGUGAACUGUAGCACUGACGUGAACCCGCUCUAAAGAUAUUAACCCUGCUUGUCGCCAAGUUGAAAUGUUGCACUUUUCGAAACUUUAAAGCUUCAUGUCAAUAAAGUUUCGACGGUUCAGGAGUAGAACGCGCGAAGAAAAAGAAAGUGACCAUUUCAAAAGUGUGAAAUCGAGGACUAGCCGGUCCUUGAUGAACCCGACAACUUACAAUCCUUGCGCCCUUACACUUUGUAUCUCCAAAAGGCCUUGUCGCUAUUCAGCUAGAGACCCAAGAUUAAGACAAUCUUCAAGAGAAAUCAGGAUUUGUUCGACGUAGAAAGUCUGUCCGGGUGUCAAACCCAAAUCCGGUAGAAAUCAACGUUCCUUAGAGGAGUGAAUUAGAGCACUGAAGUACGUACUUAGACCCGUACUUAAAACAAGCUCGCGUUAAAAACUAAUGGACUCGCAAAGAGCCCAGGCAAAUGGAAUUCCAGGGAAAGAGAAAGCAUUCAAGUAUGAACAAAAAGUACCGUCUGAAGAGGAGAAGACUACGUCUCCAUUGCUUUACAAAGCUGACAACAUUAAGUAUAUAGAUGCGGCGGAUGACGAGAAGUUAAACAAUGACGACAAACGUGAUAGAGAUUUAAAUACUGUCAAUUCUAUGAAAACGAAUCACGUUACAGAUAGUUUGGCUGUGUCCUAUACUAAGAAUGAAAAAGAUGAAGAUGCGGUUUCUACCAAUGAAGGAGUUAAGUUCAUGGGGUUGGGCGAUACGGACAGUAUUUGCUCAAGCAGGCCACCUGACGAGCAAGGCCCACAGAUACCUGACGGUGGUUGGGGAUGGGUAGUCGUAUUUGCGUCAUUCUUAAUCGCGACCGUCGCUGACGGUUUAGCCUUCUCGUAUGGAUUAAUCAACGAAAAGUGGGUGAAGCACUUUAACACAACCGAAGCCAAGGUUUCUCUGAUCGGAAGUUUGUUCAUAUCAGUCCCACUGAUAGCCGGACCUAUAAUGAGUGCCCUUGUAGAUCGAUAUGGAUGCAGGAAAAUGACUAUGUUAGGAGGCGUGGCCUCUACUAUUGGAUUUGUAGCUGCAGCAGUUAGUGACUCUGUGGGUGUUUUGUAUGUGACUUAUGGUCUCAUGGCCGGUCUAGGAAUGGGGCUCCUGUACGUCACCGCUGUUGUAUCCAUAGCAUAUUGGUUUGAGAAGCGAAGAAAUCUCGCCGUUGGACUUGGCUCCUGCGGCGUUGGGUUCGGAACAUUCGUCUACUCACCGUUGACAACGUUUUUGUUGGACUACUAUGGAUGGAGAGGAACACUCCUGAUAUUGGCUGGCACAGUACUUAAUGUGUGCGUAUGUGGUGCUAUCAUGAGAGACCCUGCUUGGUUGAUUGAGGAGCAGAAGAAAAAUAGGAAAUUAAGUAAAGCGAAAAGAGCAUCGAGUACAAUAUCGAUUUCUGCAAAAUCUGCAAAAUCAGGCGGUGGCGAGUCAGUAUAUCCUGGUGCAGAAGAGUUGAAAUCAUUGAUGAAGAGUGGGGAGACACCGGAAUAUAUACUAACAGCACUAGUAGCAUCAAUAGCGGAAGCGGAACAAGUGGAAGCGACGACCAAAAUGAAUGCGGAUCUCUCACAAGCCAACAAAGUUAGCUCUGUCAUAAACUUGCCUACAUUCUUACGACAGAGUGAGAAGGUUCCAGUAGAAGUUCUAGAUCAACUAUCAACGAAUAAACGUCUGUACAAUAUUAUACUACAAAACUAUCCAUCACUUCUCGCUUUAAGAAGCAACUCUGAGCAGAAACUUCCAAUCGAACCGGCCGCAGACGUUUCUAAAAACAAGCCAAUUAAAAUGUCAAUUAAACUGAAAUUAAAUAAAAAAGAGAAAAAGAAGGAAUUUGAGACAAAACUGGAUAUUGUAAGGGAGAAACUAUUACAACCUAUUCCAGAAAAUAAGCCAGCCAUUAUAGCUCCUAGAAAUGACCGCCUGGAUUGGUGGAACUUGAAGACAGAUAAUCACUACUUAAGAGGUAUCAGAGUACAUCGUAAUUCCAUUAUGCACAGAGGUGCUAUGAUGAACAUUGCGAAAUACAAGUUACGCGCGUCUUCAUGCCCUGAUAUCUAUAGAAAUUCAAUGUGGUCAAUAGAGGAACAAGAGACUGACGGCUCCUGGGGCAGGCGCUUAAUCGACGCAUUGAACAAAACCUUCGACUUCAACAUGUUUACCGAGUUCCACUUCCUGAUGAUGAACAUAUCCACCCUGGUGCUGUUUAUCUGGUUCAUCGUGCCGCUGUUCUACCUGCCCGGCUUCAUGGAGGAGACUGGGUACUCCACAUAUCAAGGCCCGGUGAUGCUGUCAGUGUUCGGUGUAGCCAAUAUUAUUGGUAUUGCGGGCCUCGGCUGGAUGGGCGACUUACCAUGGGUAAACAUCACGAAAACCUACGCAAUAUGUCUCAUCUUCUGCGGAGUCUCCAUCAUCAUGUUCCCCGUCCUCAUACGAAUCAUGGACCCGUUGGCGCCUCACAGCUUCUACAUAAUAGCAGUGAACGUUGUGAUAUUCGGGCUGACAUUCUCGAGUUCCUACUCGUACACGCCGAGUAUUUUGGUCGAGCUGAUCGCCCUGGAGAGGUUUACUAUGGCGUAUGGGCUGGUGCUGCUGAGUCAGGGUUUGGGGCACCUUGUUGGACCACCUAUGGCUGGUGGGUUGAAAGACAAGACCGGGUAUUGGGACGCCGCAUUCUACGUGGCCGGCAUCUGGGUAAUCAUCUCCGGUAUUCUGGUCGGCGUAAUUCCUUACACCAAGAACUUCCGGAUUUGCGGCAACGCUCCGCUGGCCAAGGAUGUUGCUUCGGAACCUGAUCCAGGUGUUAGGAUCAUUGUGCAUUAAACGAAGUGAUGGAGCGUGCGCUUUGGAGGGCCUGCUAUCUUGUGACUUGAACAGAAAACUUAAAUUGGUCAACUUGUCAUGCGAAACAGGUGGAUAGCACAGCAGCAGCUCACGCACGUUCCUUCUAAUAGAAAUCUUGUGGCCUAAAUAGAAAACUUAAACAUGAUAUUUUGCACUUUUCUCCAAGUGAAUUCAUGCGCUGCCUACAGUACACGUACGCCCCCUAUACUUAGCAUGCGAUUUUAGAUAAUUGCCGGCUAAGUAGGUGCAACGGAUUAAAAAGAUCUAUAAAAAGCCGCAAUGUAUCGCAAAUUGCAUGCGAUUAUCGGUGACAUUUUCAGAGGCCGAAAAUGAGGUUAGAGAGUUGUACCUAGAGUAAUUUAAAUUUGAAGUGACGAGUGUGCCUUAGAAUUGUAUGCCAUCGGAGUUAUUUAUGAUGAUCUACAUACUUUUGUAUGUUAUAAAUUAUAAUAAUAGAUAUCAUUUUUACUUUAUUAAAAUUUAAACACUCCGUGAUUUUAGUUACUACCUAGAUAACGUUUGGUAUUGUGUCUAUUAUUUUAGAGAUAUAGAUAAGGAACUUUAAGGAAUCAUGAUCAUAUUUAAAAUUCAGUUUCUGAUUGAAUGCUUGAUGAUGUCUGUGUGCUUGUCAUUGUUUUAAAUUUGGCAAGUACAAUUAUAUACCUAAUUAUACUCUGGCAAACACACUAUUUCAGUAGAAAAAGGCGCGAAAUUCUAAUUUCCUAUGGGAGGAUAACCCUUGUUUUUUUUUUAUUUGUCGCCUUUUUCUACUUACGGAAAUGGCUUGCCAAACUAUUAUUAAGUUUCGUAUUAGAUACAUAGUUUAAAAUGAUGUUUGUGAAAUAGAGCGAUUCAUGCCUUUAUUCAUUGAACCUGGGCACAGGUCAAAGGAUGAGUAUUUUCAUUGCAAUUUGACGUAUUAUUUGUGGUUUGUAUUUUUUUUUUUACUUUUUGUAGCAAUCAUUCUACACGUUACAUUAGACAGGUAAAGGUAACUUGAGAUUUUUGUAUGAAUGACUAUGAAUACGAGCUAAUGUUAGAUAGUUUCUUCAUAGCCGAUUGGUUUAUGUAUUUUAUUUAAUUGGAAUAUAUGUAAAACUUUCAAAUGUAAAAAAUUCCAAAAUGAACUUGCCAUUUCAAAACACCGACUUUGUAAACAAUGAAUUUACUUUUUUAUGAAAACAGUUUUUAAAGUAUUUUAGAUAAUAAGUUUGUUGACUCUACUUACAUAAUAUUUACAUUAGUUGUAUUUUGAUUAACAAUUUAUUACAGAAUUAAAGUUUGUCU